CGCACAAUUGGGGGGGGGUCAAAAGACCCUGUGGGGUUACGUGCCUGACGGGGGGACUAGCGCGUUGGCAUCGUACCGAUUUGAAGCGCGACUGCGGCAAGCGCUGACAUUGGCUGCGCACGCCAUGGAAGACCCGUCGCGCAGGCCCCAGUUCGCUGGGCUGCAGCCGUUGCUGGAGCGGCUGAGGGGGCGCGUCGAGCAAGUCAUCGCUGCUCCUCCGACAGCGGCCCUGCGGGCGGGGGCAGGCCCCGCCGGUGGCGGAGAGAUCGGGCUGUCUCUGGAGAAUUUCGAGACCCUGUUGCAGGAGUCCUUCCCCCCCUGCAUGCGUCACUUGGUGAUGCACCAGCGCGCUGGCAGGCGGCUGCGCUUCCUCGGCCGCCUACAGCUGCGGCCAUUCUUGUGGAAGGCAGGCCUGGCGCCCCCGGGCGGGCUGCAGUGGUGGGAGACGGAACUUCGGCGCGAUUUGGAGGUCACUCAUGAGAUAUUCGACCGGAAGCAUCGAUGCCAAGUGCUGCGCGCGUAUGGCGCUCGCGGCCACGGGGUCGAAGCGCACCCGUUUGGGCGCGCUCGCAUCCAAGAUUUCCCGGCGCCCCGGGCUGGGCAGCUGCGCGGAUGCCCUUUUUCAGCGAGGGCACGCGGGCCAGUACGCCUUGGGUGAAUUAUUGGGCCAUUGGGGCCUUGCUGCGCAGGAUGCCCGGGCGGUCGCACACGCGGCGCAGGCAGGUUCCAUUUCUGACGCUUGCGCUGUUUUUUUCCGAGCAACUCACCCGUGGGACGCGGCCACGGCGCGGGGCCAGAUCCGGCAUCCGAAUGAAUUCGCCCGCCAAAGUAGGUUGGCUGUGACGGCUGCCGCACGGGGUUCACGCAUGCUGCAAGAUGGCGCGAGUGGGGGAGUGACGCAAUGACC